CAGGCGGGAGGGCGGCGGUUGGUUGCCCGCUCUCUGACUUUCCUACCCGGCCCUCUCCCUACCGUGACGUGCACGGCGACACCGAGAUCCUGCGGGUGACGGAAACCUGCUCCAUUACCCGGAGACCCGCCCCGACCCCUCCUGACCUCGCGCCUCACCGAGCCUGCACCUGUGGGACGAGCACUUCCCUUCGCUUCCGUCCUCAUCAGUUUGAUCACUUGCCCUUGGGGUGUGCCAGAGACUGCUGUCCGUUCUAAAUACUUCAUCUCAAGACCGUCGCGACCGUCCUUGUAUUUCUCUUGGAGAUGACUGCUUUCAAGAGUUAGGGUUAACAAAGCAGUGAAUUACCCAUCUAAUUGCUCUGUUCACUGUUUUCCAGACUUCAGAACAGGAUGUGAGAUGAUGACUCUUCUUGCUCUUCACCUAAGUUGAAGAAACACUGUGCACUUUAAUCUCCUGUCUGUGACAUUGGGCCAACUGAAGACAGGGUUUUGAAAUCUCAGCUACAAAGAUAUCCAGCCAAAGUCUCAAUCUUGCCUUAACAAUGUUUCAGAGACUGAAUAAAAUGUUUGUAGGCGAAGUCACUACUUCUUCCAGCCAAGAACCAGAAUUUUGUGAGAAAGAAGAUGAUGAGUGGAUUCUUGUUGACUUCAUAGAUACCUGCACUGGUUUCUCAGCAGAGGAAGAGGAAGAAGAUGAAGACAUUGGUGAAGAGUCCUCAGCAGAGCACACUUCUGUCUUCUCCUGUUUACCUGCGUCUUUGGAAUGCUUGGCUGACACCAGUGAUUCCUGCUUCCUUCAGUUUGAGUCCUGUCCAAUGGAGGAGAGCUGGUUCAUCACUCCUCCCCCAUGUUUUACAGCAGGUGGAUUAACCACUAUCAAAGUGGAAACAAGUCCUAUGGAAAACCUUCUCAUUGAACAUCCCAGCAUGUCUGUCUAUGCUGUGCACAACUCCUGUCCUGGUCUCGGUGAGGCCAGCUGUGGGAAUGAUGAAUAUAACUCAAGUGGUCCCAGAAUGGAAGCCCAGAGUGAAAUGGGGAAGCAUAUUCACUGCUGUGUUGCAGCACUUGCUGCUCAAGCAACAUUUUUGGAACAACCCAAGAGUUUUCGCCCUUCCCAGUGGAUAAAAGGACACAGUGAAAGACAGUCUCUGAACAGAAAUGGCCUCCGUCGUCAGAACCUUACCAGGGAUUGCCACACUCGACAAAUGAAGCACAGUGGCUGGGUGGUUCACCAGCCCUGCCCACGCCAGUACAAUUACUGAGAAUGUUGAGUUAUGUUGGUUGGUUUCCUUAGGUUCUGUGCAUAUGUAUUGGAUGUAUGGGCAUACAAUGAAAGUGCUGUCUCCUUCCAGCCAACUGAAGGCCUAGUGUAUUAGUGUGUUUAGACACUAUCACAACCAGAUUUUUGUGCUGUGUAUCACAUAAUGCCUUGCUCCUGAAAAUUACUUUUAAAAAAACCUUUUCAUAAUAUUUUUGGAAACAUAUCAAUACAGUGACAGUGUUUGGGGUUGUCUUUAAGUACAGUAAGGUAUAUAUGUAUGAGUUAGCAUCUUAAGGACAUUUCUUACCCCAAGUGUAAGAAUAGGCAUCUUUUCAAUUUCCUUUAUUUUGUAUUAUUUAAUCUUUUGUGUAAACAAAAAUUUAUUCUCAGGGUCAGCCGUAUACUUUAUUGACUAGUACUUAUAGUCUUCUCUGUAUAUAGUGAGUACAUUUUUACACUAACACGAGCAUUAACAGGUGAUUUUUGCCAUGGAUAUAAUGGAAUUAAUGGCUGAACUUACUUUUGAAAGAAAACUUGACAUAUUUCUGUAUGUAUGGUUCUUCCCCUCCCCCCCCAUUAGUCAUUGCAGUUCAUUGUGGAAUUCAGGUACAUUAACUUUGGUGAACAAUAUAUUCAGUAAUUCUGAUGUGACUCCAUGAUAUGGUACAAAUACUACAGAUGUAGUGGACGAAAGCACCUGUUUCAUAUGCAAAGGGAAAAAUUAGACCCAUGAGAUGAUAUUUGGAAUCUGUUUGUAGAUAACCCACAGAGCAGUCAGUAUUUGGAGAUGUCUAUAAAGUCUUAACUGUCGGCUCAGCUGAAAAUACACAAGCGUGUUUGCCACAAGAAAGGGAGAGACACAGUGAUAACUCCUCAGACAUGGAGCCUGUCCUCCCAAGGGAUUUCUGGUGGCAUUUGUUUUUAGCACCUAAGUGAAGACUGAUGGGUUGGUUUCCACAAGCUUUCAUUUUUUGACCACUUUUGCCUCUGUUUCCUCCACAGCAGGGGAGGAAUAAUAUUUACCUCCCUCACAGAGUUGUGAGGAUUAUAUGCUGAUUAGAAGUGGGGCUGUCAGAGAACUGAACUCUCUACUGAACCUAGUUCUGGGAGGCUGUGGCAGUUUUCUGCCAUGAUUAUUCUUCAGGGUUGGUGCUAAUGAUUCCACUCAUAUGUACCAGUUAAUGUGGUGUAGAGGAAAGUCCAUUCUCUUACCUCUAUCUGAUCAGUUUUUUUUUAAAGGGCAGUUUUGGUAGAUUUUGAUGAGCCAUCCACACUUGCAACCAACUUUCUGGAAAAUUAAACCCACUUACAGCUUGAAGCACAUUAUUCAAACUGCUCAUUUCCCUAACCCCUCUGCAAUCAUAACUAUUUGUUUAUGAGAUAAUUUCAAGGAAAAAAGCAUACUGUUAUGUGAAGUAUUAUCCCUAAAGCAGCUUGAUACAGGGAACCCUGGGGGACUUUCAGGAAGAAACAGUGCUCUCCUCUGAUGAGGCUGGACAUUUAGAGCUGCAGUUAGAUGGGGAAGGGUGUUCUUAACACUGGCUGUGAUUAGGUGCCAGGAUGUCUCCUUAGAACAGGAAUCUACAUUUCUUCGUCCUUAAGCCUUUUCCAUACUGACUUCCCUUUUUAUUUAUAUGUUUUCUAAUUAAGGGGCCAAGUCUAUAGUUUGUUAAACUGAGAGGUUGUUACUAUUUGUUUUCAUGGAGGUGUGCAUAUUUUAUACCACAGCUCUUAUAGGAUGAUAUGUGGUAACUUGAAAUAGAUCAGCUAAGUGUCUUCUGGACAGAGGUUUUGAGUACAUGUAGCUUUCCCCUACUCCCUUACAUCACAUGUAAGCUGUGUCUCACAAGUUGGACGCUCAGCCAUCAGAAUUUGUUUGGCCAGCAUGACUUGGUUUGUGUAUUAAACUACAUUGUUUUGUUUUUGUUUUUUUAAAAACAACUUUCCCACCACAUUUAUUUAACCCUUAAGUACACUUACAUCUCUGUCAGUUACUGACUUUUCAUUCUUAGUCUAUGCUUAGUGUUUUGUUCCUGAAAACCAGCAAACAAAUCAGCUAUUGGGGUUUUUCCUUUGGGGUUAAGAUUACCACUCCACCUAUAGUAAGUAGGUAGCACACUGUUGUUUGUGUGAGAAUCUAAAGCUUAUGUCUAAAAUUGGCACUUGUAAGAACUGAAAAAAAAAAAGGUUACAUAACUCAGUUGAAGUUCUUAGUCAUUAGGUGUUUUGUUAGGCAACUACUGUGUGUGUUAGAUACAAGAAUAAUAACAGAACAAUGUUAACCUGUUUAAUAUUUUUUUGAAACAUGGCCAAAAAAUACAUCUUAGGAGUUGAUUACUCAUUAUCAUCAUCACCAUCAUUUUGCUGUUAUACCUACCAGUGGUUUACAGUGUUCUUCAAUGCACUGAAAGUACAAGCAGUAAGAAGAUCCCAGGAGUUGAGGAUGUAGCUUAGUGGUAGAGGAUUUGCCUAGUAUGUGCAAGGUCCUGAGUUCCAUCCCCAGCACUGUAAGACAAAAAAACAAAGAAGCAAGACUCCAGAAUUUAGUAGCACUGACCAUUUCUAAACCAAAAGCCUAGAAUAUUGUUUGCAAAAUCUGGAAUACAUGGUGUGCAUCAGCCGUACAUACAGAGUCUGUUUUUUAGCUUUUAUAGUGGACCCCACAUUCCCCAAAGUUUGUGUUUUAUGUUUAACAUUUUAGAAUGUGUAUUCUGUUAAUUACUAUUUCCUGGGUUAUAUUCUGCACUAUAUAUAGGUACUUAGCUUACCAUAUUUAUCUUUUGUGAUAAUUUGUGUUUGUAUGGUUGGAUAGGUAGGGAACUUUUUGCAGAGACACAAAAAGAUUGGAUUUUACUUCCCACUGCAGGAAGUUCAAAACAGAACAGAACAUUAACUUCUGUGUAUUUUUCCAAUUCCCAUGCAGACUGUUCUUGUUUAUUAGUUCUUUGGUUUUAGCAAAAAGAGUGUUUACUUAAAACUUGUGAGGGCUCAAUGCCUGGCUCUUUUUUGCUUCUCAAAUCUGUACAGGUUUACAGUCUUCACUUUUGUUAAAGUGGAAUUGCUUUCCUAUUUUGCUUUGUCUUCACAGAGGCAUUAAGUCUCUGUAUACUCUUAAAAGAGGAAAAAGCAAGGAAGGGUAUCUUAUUAUCUUCAUUUUCUUUGAGUUGGAAACAAAAGUAGGUAUGAAGGACUGCAACUAGAUGAUAGACAUUUAUAUGCAUUUAAAUAGACUAGUGGAAAAAAGUUUUUACCUUUUUCUUUUUGUUUCAGAGACAGUUAAAAGACUGCUCCUUAUACUGGGAAAUACUAGUGUAUGCUUCUAUUGUUGCCUUGAAAUUAUCUUUUUUUUUUAAUCUUUUUUUUAUCUUUAUUUUUUAAGGCCUAUAGAUACUAUGCCUUUAAAUUCUUUAAAGUUAGGUAGUUUCAUGCCAUCAGCCUCUGAUGUAUUAUAAAUGGCAACCUGACAUUCUGUUAAAAUUGUAUAUGAAUGCCUGUCUACUUUACAAACUUACAUGACAGUGUUGUCUACUUUGUCAUAGGCCAGUUUUUCUUGAAAUGUGACACCAAUUCAAGUGGCUUAGGUGCAGAUAGGUAGGAAUAGGUACAGAGGCAAAGGAAGUGUCUUUUUUUUUCCCCCCAGGCUGGCAAUAGUAUCCUUUAUGUGGAAGAGAAGUUACUAUUCAGAGAAAGGCAGCUUAAAUGGAUGAUGUUCUGUGUAUCAUUGAUAAGUUUCCUUGUGGUAUUGAAAAAUGUUUCUAAUUGUUAAAUGCCCAGUUUGACUUUGUACUUGCCUGAUGUUUUAGUAUUGUUUUCUAGAUGGACUUGUAAAAACCAAACAGUGCUUGGUGAGGUUAGAGGUGUGUAUUUGGGGGCCUCAGGUAUGUGUGUGGUUUUGUUUUCCUUCAGAAGUUUUGAACUUUAGUGAAUAAUUGUGCGUGUUAUUUUUAAGAAGUGGCUUUAUUUUUUCUCUAGUAGAAUUGUGAACACAUUUGCCUUCUAAAGGCAGGAUAUGAGCUAUGGAUUUUGAAAAGUAUUGUAGGUUGUACUAUGUGCCUUCUUAAUGUGUUUAUGGGCACAAUAUUUUCUCUCAUCAACUUGAAACUUAAAAGGGACAUUUUAGUUAGAUUAUAUACUGUACAUCAAUCUAUGCAUAAAUGGCAGCUUGUUUUCUUGAGCCACUAUCUAAUUGUUUUUUUUUUUUAUUAAAAUUUUUUAUACCAAUUGGGUCAGAGAUGGUCAGUUUUAUACAGAAUGAACAGCACAGCACUUUGCCAAAAAAAAAAAAAUGUAGCAUUGCUUAAACAUUGUGUAUUAACACCAGUUCUUUGUAAUAGGUUCAGCGGUGCAUUUUGCACUGCCCAGAGUUACAGUUUUUAAUCUGUCAGUAAAUAAAAUGUCCUUUAACUUAA